GAGGACGACGAGGAAGAGCUGCUGGACAACGACGACGACGACGACGCUUCGCCGCUGGCAACGCCGUGGGACGCCUGCUUUAGUCCCGAGGACUUUGACCAGCUGGCCUCAGUCAUCACAGCGAGCGAGCUCUUUGACUUUGGCGCUCAAGAAGAUGCAGCCAAGGUGCCCCUCCCCCAAGCGACUGGUGCCAUGACAAGCGUCAAGCCGCUCGAGAAUGGUGCCGCUGCAAAGCUCCGCACUUCUGCCAAACAGUCGCUGAAACAGUCGCUGCCAGCAGGAUCAAAGGUGCCCGUCGUGGCAACCUCUGGCCUCAACCUGCGCCAUGGCAUGUCGUCGUCCGCCUCGGUCUUGGCGCUGCUGCGGUCGCAUGUCAGCGAUCGCGCAGCGGCAGCCCAGCUCGACAAGCUGACGCCCGGCGACUUGGAGAACAUGGGCACUCGCGAGCGCAACCAGCUGUACAAGCAGCUGCGCUUGUCCGCGGACGUGCUUGCCCAGGUCAAGGGCAUGCGUCGGCGCGUCAAGAACUGCCAGGCCGCCAACACCCUGCGGCGAAGACGCGACACCGAGAUGCAGGCGCUCCACGAACGGGUCCGGCUUUUGGAGCAAGAGAAUGCCUUGCUGCGCGCUCAGCUUGCCUCGCAGCCUGCCCGUGCCAAUCUUGCAUUGUCUGCAUGA